UUGCAGAAGAAUGAAAUCACGUUUCAUAAUGUCUCUGUGCGAGCACUGACGCCAUGCCGAGUUGUGCGACAUGCUGCCGACUUUUCAGAUGUGAAUGAUUGCUUGGCAACUGCGCAUCGUUGGUUUGCUGAGGUACUGCAAUUGGGCACUUCGUCAGAAGCGAUUGCGCUUUUUGAAAAUCGUUUACUGAUCGAGAAUGUCCCCGAAAAACACCUAAUUGUUGAGCAAAAUGCGGAGGAAGAACAGCUCAUUAUGAUACUCAGCGGCGUGCUAGAAAUUUCGCAGGAGCCAAUAGACGGUGAAGACGAAGCCGUUGAUGAUGAGCACGUAUUUUUAUAUCCUCGCGAACUUGUUGGUGGACUGCAAUUGCUUACUGGCGAACCGUGGUUCUAUACAGUUCGAUCGCAUACUGCCGCUACUUACGCCACUAUUUCAAAGAAAAAUUUCUUCGAGUCAGUUAGUUGA